AUGCUGGGAUAUUCGGACGACGAGGCAGAGUUCGAAGGUCUGGAAAACCAUGGAUCUACGACUCAAGGUUUGAGGAUUCCGGAUUCUUCGCACUUUACCUCCUCCAUCUAUCCCCGGGGGAACUCUGUCGGCUCGACCGGUUAUGCGGCGCCGGAUCUGGAUCUCCAACGGUCGAGAUCGGCCUCCUUCUCUGUUCGAUUCCGAGAGGCUGGCGGUGUCAACAGCAUCAACAAUUUUGCGCGCUCGUGGCAACGGGCGGCCGCAUUCCCCGAAGUCAUUCCCCGUCGCUCUUCCUUCGUAGCGGUUGAUUCGGACGAUGAUCUUGCCACCUCGCCAGGUGUCCAGCCUGGUCGGAGCUCGCGAGUGCACAGUCAAGAUGCGGAUCUAGAACGGCCGCUACUUGGUCCAUAUGGACAGACUUCCGAUGAACAUGGUCCAGAUGAUCAGGGACACUCGAAAAAGGGAUUUCCAGCCUCGAGUAUUCUAGGUUCGUCGUUCGAUAGAAGCCUGGGGGCGUCAUACGGCACAAUAUCCUCGCGUGUCAGCGAGUCAGCUCGCAGACAUGCCAUACAGUUUCACCGAGAACACCAGGCGCUGGCAGAUGCACCGAUUGACAGUGAUGCGGAGCCUCUCCUCGUCAAACAAGUCCAGCAUGAGGACGGUACACGAGAGAAUAUUGUGAUCGGCCAAUCUACUGUACCACAGACAAUUUUCAACUCCGUCAACGUCCUCAUCGGGGUUGGACUCCUAAGUCUGCCGCUAGCCAUGAAACAAGCCGGAUGGCUCCUUGGCCUUUUGUUUCUGUUCUUUGCCGCCGUCACAACCUCUUAUACCGCCAAAAUCCUGGCCAAGUGUUUGGAUGUUGACCGGAGUCUCGUUACUUAUGCUGAUCUGGCGUACAUCAGCUUCGGCCAUCAUGCGCGCUUAGUGAUAAGCUUGCUAUUCUGCUUGGAACUCGUCGGGGCAUGUGUCGCCCUGGUGGUUCUCUUUGCCGACAGCUUACAUGUACUUGUACCCGGGUUGAGCAUCUUUCAGUGGAAGAUGAUUUGCGGGGCGAUGCUCAUUCCACUCAACUUUGUACCUCUUCGUUUUUUGAGCGUGACCAGUAUAUUAGGAAUUCUUUCUUGUACAUCCAGUAUGUCUCUUCUCCCUGGACACGCCAACCGAGUUGUCAACGCUGACUUCUAUAGUUGUCUUAUUAACAUUCAUUGA